AUGCGCCUCACAUGCAUCCUUGCAGUGCUAGUCGCGGUCACUUUCCACGCCACUGGUAAUGCCAAUUCUGCGGUUGCGGGCAAGGCUUCGAAUGAAAAUGGUGUUGACAUGAUCACCACGACCGACGUGCAUGACCCGCGUUUACUGCGUCGUGUCGGAAACGACGAAGGCGAGAUCGUGGAAGAGAGAACCAAAGGCUUCAAAGAAAAAUUGAAAGCUGUAGUGGAAAAAAUCACGCCCAAGAAAAGCUUGGACAAACUCAAGGAGACUGUCGUAACAACACUCGAUUGGGUGAAGAUUGUAAAGCACAAGACCGAUGAGGCAAAGCGACUGGGUUUCAAAUAG